AUGGCUGAGUAUGAAGCUUGUAUCCUCGGUUUGAAAAUGUCCAUUGACAUGAAUGUCCAUGAGCUAUUGGUUAUUGGAGACUCAGAUUUCUUGAUUCAUCAUUUUCAGGGAGAAUGGGUCGUGAUGAACCCAAAGAUUAUACCUUACGUACAACAUACUCCCAGAAUACAGAAUGAGUUGGCUGAUGUUCUCGCCACCAUUGCUCCUAUGAUUAAGCAUCCAGAAACUGAUUAUAUCGAUCCUCUGGAGAUAGAGUUGAAAGAACAUCUAGUCUAUUAUUCACACGUUGAAGCAGAACCGAAUGGUUUGCCAUGGUAUUUUGAUGUAAAGAGGUACUUAGAGACCGGGAGUUAUCCUAAAGAUGUCACAUCCAACAAUAAUAAGUCGAUACGACGUAUGGCUCUUAAUUUCUGUUUAAGUGGAGAAAUCCUAUAUAGGAGGACUCCAGAUUUAGGUCUCCUCAGAUGCGUCGCUGCUGCUGAAGCCGCGAAGCUUAUUGAACAGAUACAUGCCAGAGUUUAUGGCACGCAUAUGAAUGGGAUCAGUUUGGCAAGAAAGAUCCUUCGAGCCGGUUAA